CCACUCUCUCACUCACCCUAACGCACUCUCUCUCUCUCUCUUCCACCACGUUACAACUUACAACUUACAACUUACAACGGGUCUCCAUUAAUGCUUCUCUCUUUCUCUCUCUUAUUUCAAUCCUUCCUCUUCCCCUCUCUCGCUCGCUCCACCAUCUGCAUUCUUUUCCGAAUGCUUUUCACUGUUCCUUCCUCACACCGCUUUUCGCCUUUUCCUUUUUUGAAUUUUCAACUUCGCUCAGGAUCCUAGGGUUUUCUCCACAUUUUCCCCAUCCGCGUUUCUCCGUUGUUCAUGAUUCGUCAUGGAGAAAUCCCGCCACGCCAACUUCAACGCACCAUCCUCCUCCAACCAACCUCUUCCUCGAGGGAACAAACAGGUUCAUAGACAGCGACAAGCACCGAUUCUGUCUCCUGAUUCUGGUUCGUGCGGUGGUGGGGUUGCAGACAGGGAUUCGUUCUCAUUGAAAUUUGGGUGGAGAUCAAAACAGCUGCUUGGAACUCCAAUUAAGAAGUUAUUAGCUGAAGAGAUGUCACCAAAAUCUGAAUCUAAAAGAAGAUCCCCUGGUGUUAUUGCCAGGUUGAUGGGUCUUGAUGGACUGCCGUUCCAGCAGCCAACUAAUAAGCAGCAUAAGGGUUUGUCAGAAAACCACCAACAGAAGGCAGCGCAGUUAGAGAAAACUCGCAGCAGAGGAAUGUCAUAUGAUGGUCCAUCGUCUAGAAGAAGCUCAAAGGAUCAGCAAGAAUUUAAGGAUGUGUUUGAGAUCUCAGAGAUUUCAAAGGUAGAGAGUAAUAGGUAUCCAUCGGAGGGGUGUGCAGACUUGAAGUCUGCUGAUGCUGAAAUUUCGUUCAUUGAGCAGAAGUUCAGGGAUGCCAAACGCCUUGCAACUCACCAAGAUGUGCAGUCUUCAAAGGAUUUCCGCGACACACUUGAGGUUUUGGACUCUAACAAGGAUCUUCUGCUUAAGUACUUUAAGCGGCCAGAUUCUUUGUUUAAAAAGCAUCUAAAUGAUCUCGAAGCUGCUCCUGUCCAAUCACAUUAUGGUGAUGUAGGAGCUAUGGAUAUUGAGAAGAAUGAACAUGACAUCAAUUGGAGGUCAGAUAGGGAGAAAACACGGUUGAACUACAAUAGAUCUCACGGGAAGCAUCAUGAUGGCUAUCCCUGUCAGUUUGACAAAAGGCAUGCGAUGCAUAGUUCACCAAAAUCAUCAAAGCUUCAAUUUAAGGGUAGACCUGAGCAAGAUGCAGUCCCCACAAAGAUUGUCGUCCUGAAACCUAAUCUUGGAAAAGUGCAGAAUGGUACCAGAAUCGUAUCAUCACCUUGUUCUUCACAUAGUUUUCUGCAAGGGCAAGAAAAUGACACUGGUUUUUCAGGUGUCAAAUUUAGAGACACUGAACUGCGUCAUGUGACAAAUUUGCCUGAAAGUGCCAGAUCUUGGAGGCAAGAUUCUUUUGAAUCUAGAGAAAUUGCAAAGGAAAUCACUAGGCAAAUGAAAAAUAGUCUUAACAAUGGCUGCAUGAUGAUAUCUACUUCUAGAUUUAGAGGAUAUGCUGGGGAUGAUAGUUUUUGUAGUGUUUCUGGGAAUGAAUCUCCCGAGGAGUCUGAGGAAACAACAUCAACAUUGGGAAAUUCAUUAGACUUGAACAACCGUAGCAGGCGAUCUUCCCGUUCUAGUGAAUCUUCUGUCAGUAGAGAGGCAAAGAAGAGAUUAUCAGAGAGGUGGAAAAUGACUCACAAGUCUCAAGAGAUGCAAGGCAUCAGCAGGAGCAGCACACUGGCUGAUAUGCUUGCCAUUCCUGACAAGGAAUUGAAGGAUGCAAAUGUCGACAGCAUGGCUAGUGGGGAGGGUUUCCAUGGUAAAUUUACUCCCAAUGGUGAACCUGCCAAGUGGGUUGAACCAUUGGGUAUCAGCAGCAGGGAUGGUUGGAAAGAUGGAUGCAUUGGUAGUUUGUCAAGGUCAAAAUCCCUUCCGUCUUCAUCUACUGCAUUUGGAAGUCCUAGAACAUUCUUGCGUACUGAAGCACUUCGUGAUGAUCGAUUUAUGGUUCCAAAGGAAGCCCAUAAACGUGAGAGGAGAAGAGCUGCAAAGAGUCUUGAUCUUAGACAUGGUGUGAAUAACAGAAGCACAAGGGCUGGUCACAAAAAGUCUUGUUCCUUGCAUUCAUCAAAGCUCGAAGCUGAUGAUUUUUCUCCAGACCUGCACACAAUUCAGAAUAAAAUGAAGAUCAAUCUUGAAGAUUCACCCAAGCUUGAGGUUCUGGCUAAUGAAUCUCUAGCAGAGACUGUAAGAGAUACAAGUGCAGUUACUGAUGAUGAUGUGCAUGUGACAAAUGGAAGUGAAGUUGUGUCUUCCAAAUCUUCUAAUAAGAUGCUUCCUGGAUUAUCUUCUCAUGUUUUGAUAAAAGGCGGCAGUAGUGCAGUUGACAAAGACAAUUCAAUUCAGCAGGAUCUAUCUACUGGGUCUUCUGGUGGAGGUUCGGUCCUCUAUGAACCACCUGCCCCUGGACUUGAAUCUUGCUGUAAAGAUGCUGAUCAACCCAGUCCCGUCUCAGUCCUAGAACCUUCUUUUACAGAUGAUCUGUCAUCUUGUUCUGAAUGUUUUGGAAGUCUCAGUGCUGAUCUACAAGGGCUGCGAAUGCAACUCCAGUUGCUGAAGUCAGGAUCCGAAGAAUAUGUGGAGGGACCCAUGAUACUAAGUGAUGAAGAUGGCGUGGAAGUAUCUACUGGAAUGUUCGAAGACAGUGGAUUACGUAGAACUGAAGAUAACUGGGAGACUUCCUACAUUAUCGACGUGUUGUCUGAAUCCGGCAUUGAUGGAGUUCAUCCCGACACAAUUUUGGACCUUUGGCAUUCCCUAGAAUGCCCUGUGAGUCUUUCGGUGUUUGAUGAUCUUGAAAAGAGGUAUAAUGAUUUGACUACUUGCUCAAAGUCUCAAAGGAGAUUGCUUUUUGACCGUAUAAAUUUGGGAAUUGUCAAGAUCAAUCAACAAUCCACUAAUGCACUACCAUGGGUGGGUCCAGCCACCUCACAUAUGAUUGGUUCUAGUUUGAUCAAGAACGGUUUCCGAGAUGGUCUUUGCAGGAUGCUAGAGAGCCAAGAAAAAGUGAAGGAUGACGCUCUAGGGAAGGUGCUGGUUAUGGAAUCGGAGUGGUUGGAGUUGAGAGAUGACAUUGAUAUAAUAGGCAGGGAAGUUGAGAGAUUGAUAUUAAAUGAUUUAGUGGCAGAAAUAGUCGGUACUAAGAAAUUUUGUGCCUGAUAUCAUAUUUCUUCUUUAGAUAGUUUCCCUGUAAAGUCAAUCGAGUAGGACAGUGUUAAUUUCAUCAAAAGAUGAAUAAAGGGAUCAUAAUCUUUUGGGCAAA